CACGGGAUAAAUCUUAGUACCUACUGCAUAUUUAGAUACAUUAUAAGUGUAACCAGGACAGGUACUAUUUCCAGAGUACUGCGUAACCCACAGAUUCCUAGUACCGUCAGUUCAGCAACCAGCACAUGAUGACUAAUACCAACAGUUCCAAAUCGGGAUGUUAUCGUGGCCUCAGGUUGGCAGAUGACGUUGGAACGUCUGCCUUGAGGGAGUGAGGUUUCCCUUUUCCUUUAAAUCCUCCAUGCUUCGCACUGGUGUCAUCCCAUACCAUCCAUAUUAGGUCAAUGUGGAAGGCCGUUUGUUCAAAUCUCCCAGUUCACAUCUGUCAUGGCUUCAGAGUCCACGCCCACAAGCUCCGAGGCUCGCGAGUUGAGCCUAAUAUCCAAGGUUGAGCUUCGAAUUGCCCUGGCGGAUACAGAUGUCAAACUUGAGUCCCUCCUCAAAACAUAUCUUCCUCCACUGCUACUGAAGCUGGGAUCAGAAAGCCUUGCUGUCCGCAAUAAAGUCAUUGCAGUGUGCCAGCACGUCAACACUCGAGUCCAAGCCCCGUCCAUCAAGCUGCCUGUAGCAGCAUUACUGAAGCAAUUCAAAGAGCAGAAGUCUCAGCUUAUCAGGCAUUUUGAUUUGCUAUAUCUCCAGCAGGGUAUUGAUCGCUUGGGAUCUGACGCAAGAGUUGAGAUUUUGCUUCCCCUGCUCCAAGGAAUUUCCGAGAUCGGAACAUCGAUCAACCAAGCUGCGGUCGUGUUCAACUUGGUUUUGCGGCUUUUGCCUUUACUCAAGCUGCCGCCGAAGGAUAGUGAAGAUGAUCUGAAGCUGAAGGCUCGGUUGGGUCUUUCCGACCGGGACACGCAGUUCCUAUCGUCAUGGUUUGAGCGUCUACUGCUUCUUUCCCCCGCAGACAGGAAUUCCCCCACCUGUCCCGGGCUGUCCCCUGCGGACUAUACGUUUUUGAAUAGGGGCGCACCCGCAACUGAGACAUGGAACCCAUCUUCAGACGGUGGCUUGAAUUUGACUGAAACGAAAGUCAAUGCUUUGAGGUUUCUCGCAAGCGGCGCUUUUUGUCAUACGGAGCGGUUUUUACCUGCUCUGAUUGCGACCGCGGAUGUAAACUCUCGCCUCUCUGAUCUCGGAGACGAGAUUUUGAAGAGAUUCGUUCCGGAUCUCGAGGCACCUGCUACUGUACAGCAGCUCUAUAAUCUGUACUUUGGGGCUGGAACGCCGGAUGGCGCACCUCCAGCGCGUCCUGCUUUACAGACCAGACUACUAGUCUAUCUAGGGAAGUCAAUCAACGCGACAAAGGACGCCCGAGUGAUUCAGGUAAUUGAAGAGGGUCUUUUAUCAGAAGCCGCAAGGUCUUCCCAAGGGUUACAAGCCUCAAAGUUGAGAACCCAGAUUUUCAACUUUACUACAUGGGUAGUCCGAAUGGGUUCUCCGUCCGACCUCGAAGAAAUGGCGCCAAAGCUGAUUACAGGCCUAAGGGACUUCAUUCAAUCUCAGGGAUGGCCAAGCCCAGGAGCCAGCGGCCAGCGGCUCCCAUCCACAGACCUGAGCUUACGGGGCCUUGCAUACGAAACCAUCGGCAUUAUGGUCCCCAAGGCCAACUUUCAAGUGCGCGAUGGGCAGGAAACCCUCUCGGGAUUUGAACUCAUUCAGUGGUUGUUUACUUCAUUGAGCUCCGAUGAUUCCAGCUCUCAGAUCUUUGUCAGCAUUGAACAAGCCUUGGGGAGUAUCCUUAAUUCCUCAAUCGAUAGCUGGGACAAAGACUUCCAGGGACAACUGCGGCCUUUCCUCGUUCGACAGAUGAGCAACCAUCCGGGAGAAGAGGACCCAGUGACGGGGUUCAAUGUUGUCCGGGGUCCUCAAUAUGCCGCUGUACGUUUUGCUAACAGGUUUCUGCCGUAUUGUGAUGUUGUCGCCCGCUGGAUUGACCUCAUGGCAAUUGCGAGAGGGCUAGAAAACCAACAGGAGGUUCUGGAGGAAGGCAAGAAAGGCUUGCAUCCAUUUUGGUACCGGCUUUUGAGUCCUACUUACAGCAGGGAGACAAACAAAUCGGCCACCAAUAAACUCUCGUGGCAUAGAUUCCCGACUUUCUCCGAGCAGGCCCGCUUUUUACUGGGCUCGACAACUUCGAACGGAGUGCAGGGACUGUCUGCUGCGGAAAUACUAGCGGGACCUAACAGAAAGGCAUUCGCUGCCAUCAUAGCCUUCCUUCGCAAUAUAUUGCUUUGGGAGUCAGUGUCCGCCUCUGAGGACAGCAAGGAAGUGGAUCAAGACUGGGAUACCAGACUAGAUGUGAUGCUAACCUCCAACGAGCAUGCUCAAGCUUUGAAACGUUACAUUCAAGCUACCGAUAAAGAAGCCGUUGUCUUGUUCCUCCAGAGUGCCUUGACUGGCCUUGCUCAAGAAACCCGGGGGAGUUUACAACAAUGUGGAGCACACUUUGUCAGUAUUUGCUCCUUGGCCUCAAAUGACAUUGUCCAGUCGGUGGUCCCUCAGAUGCUGGCUCUGAGAACGCCCCUGAAGAGCAAUGACCAAGAGAUACAAAAUGCCACCGCACGUGCGAUAGGAAUUCUAGCCUCGCAUCCUGCCCUUCCGGAGAAAGACUUCACGUUCUUGAUGAUGGAGUGUUCGGAUUGCAUAAAGUCAUGGAACUCCGCAGUCGGAGAAGGUGCACUUAGGGUUCGAGGGGCAGUGUUGGCAUUAUCCUAUAUUUUGGGCAGGCUUGCAUUCCGCAAGAUGAUAAGCAAAGUGCCCAAUGGGCCUAUGGAUCAGUUCGUCAGCAUUAUCCGUGACAUGCUCGAAAACGCACGCGAUUCGCUCCUCCGACGUUCCGCACAGGUAGCGAUCGGACAGCUCAGUCUAUCCGGUGUUUUAAAUCAUUCAAUGCUUUCGGAUUCUGAGUGGACUAGAAUCAGAGAAGCGCUUGUUCGGGAUGCAAAGUCUGAAAGUGAAGUGGCCAUAGUGGCAUUGGGACAUCUAUCUUUCAUUUUCCGCGAGGAUGUCACCGACAAUUCACGGCUAGGCACUCUGUUUAGUGAUCUAUAUGCUCUGCAUGAAAUUCGCAGCCCGGAAAUUCAUUUCACUGUCGGCGAGGCACUGAGCAAUGCUGCAGCGGCUUGGAGCUCCAAAUCAUUGAUUCCGGAGUUUGAUGUUGACGAAGAGGCUCCAGUCUCCAGAGUAUCGGAUGAUGUGCUUGCUGACGUAUGCGACACAAUUAUAGCUAAUUGUGGCGCAUCGAAGCCGGCUCUCAAGAGGGCCUCUGCCAUCUGGCUGCUCAGUCUGGUCAAAAACUGCGGUCAUUUACAUCAGAUGCAGGCCCGUCUGCGUAGGUGCCAAAGUUCAUUCAGCAAAAUACUUGUUGAUCGAGACGAGGUGGUCCAAGAGACCGGCGCCCAAGGCUUAAGUCUUGUUUACGACAUCGGUGAUCAAGACCUGAAGGACGAUUUGGUGCGUGAUUUGGUCAACUCGUUUACUGAAAAUAAUACCACUCUUGGAGGUGGCAAGGUGAACGAGGAAACUGAAUUGUUCGAACCUGGGGCCCUACCAACCGGAGGUGGCUCGUCAGUCAAUACAUAUAAAGACAUCAUGAACCUGGCCUCCGAAGCCGGUGAUCCGACGCUCGUGUAUCGAUUCAUGUCCAUGGCCUCGAAUAACGCCCUCUGGACGAGCCGAGCGGCAUUCAGCAAGAUGGGCAUCAGCAGCAUAUUCUCCGAUUCUAGCGCCAACGGCUAUCUUGCAAAAAACCCAAAGAUCUAUCCAAAACUAUUUCGCUACCGGUUCGACCCAAAUCCCAAUGUGCAGCGGUCUAUGACUACUAUAUGGCGAGCCUUGGUCAAAAAUCCCACAGAAGUGAUUGAGGCCCACUUCGAUGAUAUAAUGAACGACCUGUUGAAAAGCUUGUUAGCGGGCCGGGAAUGGAGAGUUCGCCAGGCAAGUUGUGCUGCUAUAGUAGACUUGAUCCAGGGCCUUCAGCCAGACAGAUACGCGAAGUACAUGGAUGAGAUCUUUACCAAGGCCUUCAGGCUUUUGGAUGAUAUCAAGGAGACAGUCCGAGCGUCCGCCUUGAAGCUCUGCCAGACCAUGACCAACGCGAUCAUCCGCACAUUAGAAGCAAGCAAUGCGAGCAAUAAGCGAGCAGAAACUAUGCUGGAAAGCGCCAUUCCGUUCUUGUUGAGCGACAAGGGCAUGGAGUCCGGAGUUGAUGAGGUUCAAGGAUUCGCUAUCGGAGCUCUAAUCCAAAUGAUCAAGAAAAGCCCUGGUGGGCCCUUGCGAUCAUAUGUUCCCCGCAUAAUGGAGCAGUUCCUGAAUUCUUUGAGUUCUCUGGAGCCCCAAGCAGUCAACUAUGUUCACCUCAACGCCGACAAGUAUGGACUGACAAGUCAAGAGAUCGAUAAAAUGAGGCUAUCGAGCAUUCGCACGUCCCCAAUGAUGGAAGUGAUUGAACGAUACCUUAUCGACAUGUUGGAUGAACAGAGCAUGGAUGAAUUUGCCAUGAAACUCGAAAAUGUGCUACGCUCGGCUGUUGGACUUCCAUCUAAAGUGGGCUGCAGCCGUGUUCUGGUACUCCUGAGCAUGCGAACCAUGCUUUUCCGGCCCUUUGCAGACCGUUUCAUACAGAUCCUCAGCAAGUAUGUAGUUGAUCGCAAUGACACAGUCAGUGCAUCCUACUGUACAUCAAUAGGUUACCUCCUGCGCUUAGCAUCCGAUGGUCGAGUGUUGAAGACAAUCGAACAUGCCAAAGCGCUAUAUUUGACUGCGGAAGACACGAAUCAGCGAGCCAUCUCAGCUGAAAUUUUGAAAGCUGCAUCCAAGCUAUCCAAUGACAGGUUCAUGGCAUUCGCUGCUACUGCACUUCCAUUUGUGUUCGUGUCGAGAUGUGACUUGGACGAUCAUGUUCGAGAAAUAUUUGAGAAGACAUGGCAGGAAAAUGUGGGUGGCAACCGUGCAGUAUCGCUCUACAUCAGGGAAAUCACGGAUCUCGUCGCCGAAAACCUGGACUCGGCCCGCUGGGCAAUCAAGCAUACGGCAGCUCUGGGGCUUGCAAAGGCCAUCGUGUCUUUGGACUCUGAGAUAGACCUCACUACGAGUGAGUAUAUAUGGCCCGUGUUGGAGAAGGCAUUGUCCGGGAAAACAUGGGAAGGCAAAGAGGUUGUCCUAGAGGCCUUUGUGAAAUUUUCAGGCCAGGCGACGAAACUGUGGCAUGAAAAGCCAGCGUUUGGAGAGACUAUGAAGAGUAUUACCAUCCGAGAGGCAAAGCGGAAUAACCCCGCAUAUCGUCCCCAUGCUCUUGUUGCCCUUGGCGGAGUAUCUCAAGCACGCAAAGACCUUGACAUCAUGCCAGACGCCCUGAACAUUGUCAUCAAGGUGUUGGAUGAGAUCGAAGACCAAGGAGACCCGAUGGAUAUUGAUUCGGACAAGGGCCAGAAGCCAAAACAAAUCCUGGAUGAAACGUUAGCAGCGUGUGUGAAAUGUCUGCUCCAAUGCCUCAAUCCUGCAUCGUAUGCAUCAGCAAGCAGUGAGUUCCCUUGCAGCCCGCAUGUUGAAAUUGCACGCGCUAACCAAACCCGAGACAUCCACGGGCACCUGGAAGCAUCGAGGCCAGUCUUACACCGGGCAAUGGGCCAUGGGGGCAGAAGUGUGCAGGUCAUUCUGUACAAGGAGCUCCGCGCAUUGUUCGACCGGUUAGGGGUAUGGGCGUCGGAGCCGGGUGGCGAACCCGAUCUACGCGGGCCACAGGAAUCCUUGGCGGCGCUAGCAGGGGAGAUGUUCUCCCACGAGAUAGACACGUCGGUGGAGGCCAUUCGAAACGAACGCGCCCAAGCGGCUGUCUCGUAUGUAGGCCUCUGUAGGCAGACUGGAUUCCAAAUCGACGAGGCGGUUGCGAGGUCGAUCAAGGCCUGGAGGGAAGGGGAACGAUCUGGACCCGUGCGCCAGGUGCUCGACCGGGCGCUGGCCAGUCUUCCAUGA